AUGAAAGUCAAGGAUUCCAGAAGUGGCGAAUGCCCAUGUCUAAAGGGUCAUUCACGCGUCGGCCGUGUACCUUCGAAUAGAAUAUUUAGAAACGAUAUCCAUAACAAGAUAGAAAUUAUCGUACUGGCCCUCACCACAGCGGCUGGCGACACCAAGAAUUUGCAGAAUUCUAAAAAUGAGUCAGUAGCUAAUUGGGGAGUACAGUCUCUCCAUCUUGAAGCAAUUGGAGAUCGAGAGGUCAUCAAGCGCUGA